GAAAGACCAAAACAGAAAAAACCAAGUAAGAAUUAGUUAAGACAACACACAUCCAUGGCUGAGAAAAGCAAGAUUUUGAUCAUCGGAGGAACAGGUUACAUCGGAAAACACAUAGUAGAAGCAAGUGCUAAGGCUGGUCAUCCUACUUUUGCAUUGAUCAGAGAGACCACUCUUUCUGACCCAGCCAAGGCCAAUCUCCUAGAUAAUUUCAAAUCAUCAGGCGUUAAUUUGGUCCCUGGGGAUUUGUAUGAUCAUGAGAAGUUGGUGAAAGCAGUUAAGGAAGUGGAUGUGGUGAUUUCCACGGUAGGUCAACUUCAGCUUGCGGAUCAGGCGAAGAUUAUCGCUGCUAUUAAGGAGGCCGGUAACAUUAAGAGGUUUUUCCCUUCGGAAUUUGGGAACGAUGUGGAUCGUGUACAUGCGGUAGAGCCAGCAAAAUCUGCAUUUGAAGCCAAGAUCCAAAUUCGACGUGCAAUUGAAGCGGAAGGAAUACCCUAUACAUAUGUCUCUAGCAACUACUUUGCUGGAUAUUUUCUCCCCACAUUAGCUCAGCCAGGACAAUUUGCUCCACCUCCACCAAAAGAAAAAGUUUUCAUUUAUGGUGAUGGAAAUCCCAAAGCGGUGUUUAACAAGGAAGACGACAUUGGAACGUUCACUAUCAGAGCUGUCGAUGAUCCAAGGACAUUGAACAAGAUUCUAUACAUUAAACCCCCUAAGAACAUCUACUCAUUCAACGAGCUUGUCGCAUUGUGGGAGAAGAAGAUUGGAAAGACCUUGGAAAAAACAUAUAUCCCAGAGGAUAAACUUUUGAAGGAUAUUGAAGAGGCACCUAUUCCAAUCAAUAUAAUAUUAUCAAUCAACCAUUCUGUUUUUGUGAAGGGUGAUCACACUAACUUUGAGAUUGAACCAUCUUUUGGGGUUGAGGCUUUUGAAUUGUACCCUGAUGUUAAGUACACCACUGUUGAAGAGUAUCUUGAUCAGUUUGUUUGAGAGUUGCAAGAAACUAUGUAUUUGAAUAAUAAUAUUUGUAUGAGUUGUUUGUUGCUUUGGAGAUUGGUGUUGAACUGUUCUGCAUCUCCUGCUUCUUGUUUGUUGCUUCCUGUUGGCUAUGUAAACUGAUUAAUAGUUAAUUAUUAUCCCAAAUUAUAUAAAAAAAAUGCUGUGUAUUUUGUCAAAA